AUGAGCCGCGGUGGACGAGGAGGAUUCGGUGGGCGGGGAGGAGGGCGUGGCGGCGGACGGGGCGGAUACAUGCAGCGGGAUGCAGGUCCUCCUGAUACAGUGCUCGAGAUGGGCUCGUUCGUACAUGCCGUCGAGGACGAGAUGCUCUGCCAGUCCGUCAUGCCCGACAAGGUGCCGUACUUCAACGCGCCGAUAUAUCUUCAAAACAAGUCCGCCAUCGGCAAGGUCGAUGAGAUUCUCGGCCCGAUCAAUGAGGUCUACUUUUCCGUCAAGAUGGACCAUGGCAUGGUUGCAAGUAGCUUCAAAAAUGGGGACAAGGUGUAUAUCGCAGGUGACAAGCUACUGCCUGUUGAGAGGUUCUUGCCCAAACCUAAAGCCGCGGGAGAACGAGGCCGUGGUGCGGGGCGUGGUGCGGCUGGUGGAAGGGGGCGAGGGGUACCAGGACGAGGCGGGUUUCGCGGUGGCCCGCGCGGUGCCUCACGAGGAGGUUAUGGUGGAGGAGGUUAUGGUGGAGGGGGUUAUGGUGGUGCACGGGGCGGCUCACGGGGCACAUCAAGAGGACGUGGGUUCGGCGGCGGAGGCAGAGGAGGCCGCGGUGGUUUUCGGGGAUCGUAG